AUGGAAGAGAAGGGUCUUACGUAUGACAUCUGUCCCCCUGCAGUCUUACCAUCUGGGAGUGACGAGAGCCACGUGUCAAAGCGUACUGACGAGAAGCCAAGCAAGUCCGAUCUCUGCCAGAGCACGAGUCUGGGGUGUCACAGGCGAACAUAUAUAAACAAGAAACCGCACAAGUGUGACCUCUGCCUGGCAGAGUUCAGCUGGAUUGCGCACCUGCGACUUCACAAGCGAGCGCACACUGGCAAAAAGCCACACAAGUGCGACGGCAGCCCGUCAGAGUUGAGCCAGAGCUUCCAGCUACAGCGUCACAAAGAGAGAAACUCGGGCGAGAAGCCGUACAAGUGCCAUCUCUGUCCUGCAAAGUACAGCCAUAGUAGGAGCCUGAGAUAUCACAAGCAAACACACACGGGCAAAAAGCCACACAAGUGCGACGUCUGCCCUGCGGAGUUCAUCCGGAACGAUCAACUGCUGCUUCACAAGCGAACGCACACGGACGAGAAGCCAUACAAGUGUGAUGUCUGCCCUGCGGAGUUCAGCCAGAGCGGGAGUCUACAGCUCCACAAGAGGGUACACAAGGGCGAGCAGCCAUACAAGUGUGAUGUCUGUCCAGCGGAGUUCAGCCAAAGCGGGAACCUAAAGCAGGACAAGAGGGUACACACGGGUGAGACGCCAUACAAGUGUGUUGUCUGCCCUGCGGAGUUCAGCCAGAGUGGGAGUCUACAGCUGCACAAGAGGGUACACACGGGUGAGACGCCAUACAAGUGUGUUGUCUGCCCUGCGGAGUUCAGCCAAAGCAGGAACCUAAAGCAGCACAGUAGGGUACACACGGGUGAGAAGCCAUGCAAGUGUGAUGUCUGCCCUGCGGAGUUCAGUCAGAGCGGGAGUCUACAGCUCCACAAGAGGGUACACAAGGGCGAGCAGCCAUACAAGUGUGAUGUCUGUCCAGCGGAGUUCAGCCAAAGCGGGAACCUAAAGCAGCACAAGAGGGUACACACGGGUGAGACGCCAUACAAGUGUGAUGUCUGCCCUGCGGAGUUCAGCCAAAGCAGGAACCUAAAGCAGCACAGUAGGGUACACACGGGUGAGAAGCCAUGCAAGUGUGAUGUCUGCCCUGCGGAGUUCAGUCAGAGCGGGAGUCUACAGCUCCACAAGAGGGUACACAAGGGCGAGCAGCCAUACAAGUGUGAUGUCUGUCCAGCGGAGUUCAGCCAAAGCGGGAACCUAAAGCAGCACAAGAGGGUACACACGGGUGAGACGCCAUACAAGUGUGAUGUCUGCCCUGCGGAGUUCAGCCAAAGCAGGAACCUGAAGCAGCACAGUAGGGUACACACGGGUGAGAAGCCAUGCAAGUGUGAUGUCUGCCCUGCGGAGUUCAGUCAGAGCGGGAGUCUACAGCUCCACAAGAGGGUACACAAGGGCGAGCAGCCAUACAAGUGUGAUGUCUGUCCAGCGGAGUUCAGCCAAAGCGGGAACCUAAAGCAGCACAAGAGGGUACACACGGGUGAGACGCCAUACAAGUGUGAUGUCUGCCCUGCGGAGUUCAGCCAGAGCGGGAGUCUACAGCUCCACAAGAGGGUACACAAGGGCGAGCAGCCAUACAAGUGUGAUGUCUGUCCAGCGGAGUUCAGCCAAAGCGGGAACCUAAAGCAGCACAAGAGGGUACACACGGGUGAGACGCCAUACAAGUGUGAUGUCUGCCCUGCGGAGUUCAGCCAGAGCGGGAGUCUACAGCUCCACAAGAGGGUACACAAGGGCGAGCAGCCAUACAAGUGUGAUGUCUGUCCAGCGGAGUUCAGCCAAAGCGGGAACCUAAAGCAGCACAAGAGGGUACACACGGGUGAGACGCCAUACAAGUGUGAUGUCUGCCCUGCGGAGUUCAGCCAGAGCGGGAGUCUACAGCUCCACAAGAGGGUACACAAGGGCGAGCAGCCAUACAAGUGUGAUGUCUGUCCAGCGGAGUUCAGCCAAAGCGGGAACCUAAAGCAGCACAAGAGGGUACACACGGGUGAGACGCCAUACAAGUGUGUUGUCUGCCCUGCGGAGUUCAGCCAGAGUGGGAGUCUACAGCUGCACAAGAGGGUACACACGGGUGAGACGCCAUACAAGUGUGUUGUCUGCCCUGCGGAGUUCAGCCAGAGUGGGAGUCUACAGUUGCACAAGAGGGUACACACGGGUGAGACGCCAUACAAGUGUGUUGUCUGCCCUGCGGAGUUCAGCCAAAGCAGGAACCUAAAGCAGCACAAGAGGGUACACACGGGUGAGACGCCAUACAAGUGUGAUGUCUGCCCUGCGGAGUUCAGCCAGAGCGGGAGUCUACAGCUCCACAAGAGGGUACACAAGGGCGAGCAGCCAUACAAGUGUGAUGUCUGUCCAGCGGAGUUCAGCCAAAGCGGGAACCUAAAGCAGCACAAGAGGGUACACACGGGUGAGACGCCAUACAAGUGUGAUGUCUGCCCUGCGGAGUUCAGCCAGAGCGGGAGUCUACAGCUCCACAAGAGGGUACACAAGGGCGAGCAGCCAUACAAGUGUGAUGUCUGUCCAGCGGAGUUCAGCCAAAGCGGGAACCUAAAGCAGCACAAGAGGGUACACACGGGUGAGACGCCAUACAAGUGUGUUGUCUGCCCUGCGGAGUUCAGCCAGAGUGGGAGUCUACAGCUGCACAAGAGGGUACACACGGGUGAGACGCCAUACAAGUGUGUUGUCUGCCCUGCGGAGUUCAGCCAAAGCAGGAACCUAAAGCAGCACAGUAGGGUACACACGGGUGAGAAGCCAUGCAAGUGUGAUGUCUGCCCUGCGGAGUUCAGUCAGAGAGGGCACUUACAACAGCACAAGCGGACACACACAGGCGAGAAGCCUUACAAGUGCGAUCUCUGUCCUGCAAAGUUCACCCGCAACACGACCCUGAGAAAGCACAAGCAGAAGCACACGGGCAAGGAGCCGUAGAAGUGCAAUUUCUGUCCUGCAGAGUUAAACCUGGAGUAAGCACCUGCAGGUCUGUAAUUGGAUACACAGAGGCAAAAAGCGAUAAAAGUGCGAUGUCUGCCCUGCAGUGUUCAGCUAGAGAGGGACGCUAAAGCUUUACAAGUCGACACCUACGGGCACGAAGCCAUGCAAGUGCGAUGGGAGUUCAGCCGGGGCGGGAGCUUACAGCAGCACAAGCAGACAUACACAGAUGAGAAGCCGUACAAGUGCGAUCUCCGUCCUGCACAGUUGAGGCACAGCCCGGGCCUGUCGAAUAACAGGCAGACACACACGGGCGAGAAGACAAAUGCGAUGUCCACCCAGCAGUGUUCAGCCAGAGCAGGAACCUACAGCUUUGCAAGCAGUCACAAACGGUUGAAAAGCCAUACAAGUGCGAUCUUCUGUGCUGCAGUGUUUAGCCAUAGUGUGAGCCUGUUGAAUCCAUCGGUUGUCAUUUUGGGCUGCAGAAUUCACAACCACAACGAUCUGAUAAGUGAGGCGUGAGGCCAGCCGCGGGCUAUGAACUGUCGCAGGGGUCCACAUAGCCUACUCACCAUCGUGCUACUCGUUAGCGCACUCACAGGAUAACAUCAUACUUGCCACCAAAGCCUGAGUAAAUUUUAUUAUUGCCCAUAGCUGGUCACAAGCGUAACGUCAUCUGAUGGGCUUGCUAAUAUGUGGCAUGAUCGAGCUCAGUAAUGCACCACGUGGGCCUUCAUAUCAGUCGCACACGGCUGCACUCAUGGCUUAUUAGAUGAUUGCAAUCGUGAGUUCGGCAGCCUAAAAUGUUGAGCUAUGGUCAUAGU